AUGAAAAACUUCAUUCUCGUAGCCGUUUCAUCCAUCCUAUUGGCCGAUUUGUUUCCCUCAUACCUUGGACAUAAUGUAGAUUUCAUCAAAGCAAGAAAUUUAAAUGAAUUGAGCUUCACUACUGUAGACGCAUCUUCAUUUAACGCAUUACAGAUAAGACAAAAUGAAAACCGAGGAAGAGUACUUGCUGCAGCAGCAGAAGGAGAAGGGGGAGGAGCAGGUGCAGGAGCAGGAGCAGGAGCAGGUGCAGAAGUACCAGGAGCAGGUGCAGGAGCAGGUGCAGGUGCAGAAGUACCAGGAGCAGGAGCAGGUGCAGGUGCAGAAGUACCAGGAGCAGGAGCAGGAGCAGGUGCAGGAGCAGGUGCAGGAGCAGGUGCAGGAGCAGGUGCAGGAGCAGGUGCAGAAGUACCAGGAGCAGGAGCAGGAGCAGGUGCAGGAGUACCAGGAGCAGGAGCAGGAGCAGGAGCAGGUGCAGGAGUACCAGGAGCAGGAGCAGGAGCAGGUGCAGGAGUACCAGGAGCAGGAGCAGGAGCAAGAGCACCAGGAGCACCAGGAGCAGGAGCAGGAGCAGGAGUACAACCACAACCAGGAGCAGGAGCAGGAGUACAACCACAACCAGGAGCAGGAGCAGGAGCAGGAGCAGGAGUACAACCACAACCAGGAGCAGCGGUACAACCACAACCAGGAGCAGGAGAAAAAGGUAAGCGUGCAGCUGGAGGAAAUGGUGGACAAGAUGAUAAAGAUAAAAAUAAUAAUGAAGAAGGGAAUGCUAUAAAUGAAAAGCAUAUAACUGAAUACUUGAACAAAAUUAGAAAAACUCUUACCAUGGAAUGGUCUCCAUGCAGUGUAACGUGUGGAAGUGGUAUAAGAAUUAGAAGAUCAGCUGGGGCAGAGAAAAAAAAUGCAGAAGAACUUGGCUUAAAUGAUCUAGAAACAGAACCUUGUACAUUACAAAAGUGCUCUGGUGUAUUUAGCGCUGUAAGUAAUGCAUUAGGACUAGUAAUACUUUUAGCUCUUGCAUUAUUUAAUUAA